AUGGCAACGGUUGAUCCUCUUAUGGAAGAUCAUCUUAAAAACUGCGCAGGUAAACUAAUAUUUUUUUGCUCACAGCUGGCGACUUUGUAUAUGUACUGAAUUUUGACUAAUUGUCUUUUUACAUAAUUAACUUGCAAAAACUUUACGAUCUGAUUUGAACUAGGCUUGUGUCUACGUUUAUAUAAAUCUUUUCAAAAUACACGACCUUACGACUAUGCAUCAUUAUUUAGAUCACGCUACAUAUCUCAGUCCUGAUAUCCAGAAUAAGAUGAUAGCGGUAAUUGGUUCAGCCACAUCCAAAGAAAUUAUACAACGUGUUAAAGAAGCUACGUUCUUUGCAAUCAUUGCAGAUGAAACACCCGACAGUGGAAAGAUAGAACAGCUGAUAUCCGCGACAAGCUGGAAAAUUGUGGAAUAG